AUGGCUGAGAUAAAAGGAUUUAUUGACGAUGCAAACUACUCCGUUGGCCCGUUGGAUGAAGGAACAAACCUUGGAAACGUUGUUGAUAACUAUGUUUAUGAACAUACCCUGACAGGGAAAAAUGCAUUUUUUUGUGGGAGAUCUUGGAAAGAUUGUGAAAAAGAACACAGUCAGUGGCAGAACGUAGUGGCUCAGUUAAAGCCAUUCUACACGGUAAAGUGCAACUCCACUCCAGCUGUACUUGAGAUGUCCGCAGCUCUUGGAACUGGAUUUGCUUGUUCCAGUAAAACUGAAAGGGCUUUAGUGCAAGAAUUGGGUGUAUCUCCAGAAAACAUCAUUUACAUAAGUCCUUGCCAGCAAGUGUCUCAGAUAAAGUAUGCAGCAAAAGUUGGAGUGAAUAUCAUGACAUGUCACAAUGAAGUCAAACUGAAGAAAAUUGCACGUAAUCACCCAAAUGCCAAGGUCUUACUACACAUGGCAACAGAAGAUAAUAUUGGAGGUGAAGAGGGUAAAAAGUUUGGCACUGCCCUGAAGAACUGUAGGCAUCUUUUGGAACGUGCUAAGGAACUUGAUGUCCGAAUUAUUGGGGUUAAAUUGCAUGUUUCAAAUACUUGCAAAGAAUCUCAAGUAUAUGUACAUGCUCUAUCUGAUGCUCGAUGCGUAUUUGACAUGGCUGGAGAAUUUGGCUUCACAAUGAACAUGUCAGACAUUGGUGGAGGCUUCACAGGAAACAAAUUUCAGUUGGAAGAGGUUAAUCAUGUUAUCAGCCCUUUGUUGGAUGUCUACUUUCCUGAAGGAUCUGACAUCAAGAUAAUUUGUGAACCCGGAAGCUACUAUGUGUCUUCUGCAUUUACACUUGCAGUUAAUAGCAUUGCAAAGAAAGUUGUUGAAAAUAAGUUUUCCUCUGGAGUAGGAAAAACCGGAAGUGAUGAACCAACCUUCAUGUAUUAUAUGAACGAUGGUGUUUAUGGUUCUUUUGCAAGUAAACUGUCUGAGGACUUAAAUACCAUUCCAGAGGUUCACAAGAAAUACAAGGAAGCUGAGCCUCUGUUUACAAGCAGCCUUUGGGGUCCAUCCUGUGAUGAGUUUGAUCGAAUUGUGGAAAACUGUCUUCUUCCUGAGCUGAAUGUGGGAGAUUGGCUUAUCUUUGAUAACUUGGGAGCAGAUUCUUUCCGUGAACCAUCUGCUUUUAAUGAUUUUCAGAGGCCAGCUAUUUAUUAUAUGAUGUCAUACGGUGAUUGAUAUGAGAUGCAAGAUUCUGGAAUUACUUCAGACA